UGCACCACCACACCCAGCCCUGCAUUGAUUUUAUUCAUUUAGCAGACAAUUCUGCUUUGCAAUAUGGGGUACAAAGGUAUACAAUACAAAUGAGGCACAAACCCUUUUCUAGAAUGGUUAACAGUUUAGUGUUGAAGUGUAGAUGAAGGAAAAAACCUCUACCCUCUUAAACUCAGUAGCUGUGAACUGAGAAUUAAACUGAAAAAAGACUGAUUAGCAGAAAGAAAAGAAUAAGAAUUUACGCAACUCAAAUAUGUGUGGGAGAGCUAAGUAGCUCAAAGGAGUGGUUAGAAUUGGGGGUUUAUAUGUCAUUUUAAUAGGUAAAGUGGUGGAAGAGAAAAGUACUUACAGGAAAAGUAAUUACAGAUAACCUUUUGUAAUGAUAAAUGGGUUUUCAGGAGAACAAACAAGAGAUAAGAAAUUUUGUAAUAAUGUUUGUCCAUGUAGGUAUGAGUGGUCUGUAUACUUCAAGGCCAUAAAACUCCCUUGGAGAAGAAUUUGGGAUAGACUUUAUUUGCAUUCUCUCUUCUGGGAGUAGAUCUACAUUUAGGAGGAAUUUAUGUCUACCUCAUUUUCCAGAAGUUGCUGCUUUUAGUGGGAUAAGGGGAAACUCCAAGAAAGGUUAAUUUCCCUUGCAUAUGUUGAAUCUGAAACAUCUUCAGCUUAAAACAACUUUAUACUGAAGUGGCAUAUUUGGGAGUGGCAAUUCUAAACUCCUUCAAGAGAAGAAUAUAAACAGAUCAUUACAGAGUAAUAAUAAUGUAUGGAGAAUAACAUUCAAGACGUUACUGUGUCCUUAGAUGCUUUAUAUUUAUUAUUUUAUUAAAACCUAAAAUUUGGUAGAAUUUCAUAGGAAUUUUAUCCCAAUUUUACAAUUAGAGCACAGAGAACCAACUAAGUAUCACAAUAGUUGUGAACAAGAUGCUAAAGAAUCACAAAGCAAUGUAAUGUGCUUUUCUUUCCUAAAGAAAGAAACCAAAACAUUCCUCUCACCUCUCUUCAUUCAUUUGGUUAACUGAUCUCAGGCCAUAUCCUGCCCCAGGAAGAGCCACAGAGUGGAAAUAGUCCUGAAAAAGGAGGCAAAAGGUGUCAAUGCAGGACUUAGGAGCUCUCAGAUUUGGAAUCAGGACUGUCGUGGAGGGAUAGAGACAGGGGAUAUAUAUACGUACAUAUUUGUCGAGUAAUUGAUCACCAGAUGUUUUAUCGGCUCGUGUGCUGUCUUGUACCAGUCAUGUGGUUGAUUUCUGCCUUAGAUGAGAGCUGUCUAGAACUUCCCCCAGUGAACAACAGCAUAUUUAUUGUAAAGGAGGUGGAAGGACAGACGCUGGGGACUUACGUUUGUAUCAAGGGCUACCACCUGGUAGGAAAGAAAACCUUUCUUUGCAAUGCCUCCGAGGGAUGGAAUGAUUUCACCACUGAGUGUCGCUUGGGCCACUGUCCUGACCCUGUGCUGGUGAAUGGUGAAAUUCAGUUCUUCAAGCCUGUGAAUAUAAGUGACAAAAUUACAUUUAAGUGCAAUGACCACUACGUCCUCCAGGGCAGCAGUUGGAGCCAGUGCUUAGAGAACCACACCUGGUCACCUCCCUUUCCCAUCUGCAAGAGUAGAGACAGUGGCUCUCAUGGAGAUACACCUCACGGAUAUUGUGAAGGAGGAAAUUCUGACUCGGGGUCUACCAGUUCUUCCUGUGGUGAGAGGAACCUCCCAGAGGGCCCACAGAAGCAGCUGGUCAUUGAGGGGGACCUGGAAAGUGUACUUACCCAUGAGAGGAUCUACAAACCAUGUUUACAGACUGGGUUUGAGAAGGCAUUGGAGAAAAAUAACCCUUGCAGUGCCAUAGAGAAAUUUAUGAAAAGAUUGAAGGAAAGUGGUUCAACAAUAGAAGAAUUAAAAUCUUCUCUGGAGAUGAAAAAAGCUGAGUUGGAGGCAAAACUAUUGUCGUAAUGCAAUAGCUGAGUA